AUGUCAAAGGGCAGCUGGUAUUUUUCUCCUCAUUUACAAGUUGAUUUUCUUCUUUCUUCCGCAUUGAUAUUCUUUGCUCUCUCUCCUCCCUUUGGCAUUCUCUUUCUUUCUCUUUCUCUCCCAUUCUUUCUUUCUUUCUCUUCCUUACUCUAUCAUUCUUUCUUUCUUUCUCUUCCUUACUCUAUCAUUCUUUCUUUCUUUCUCUUCAUUACUCUAUCAUUCUUUCUUUCUUUCUCUUCUUUAAUCUAUCAUUCUUUCUUUCUUUCUCUUCCUUACUCUAUCAUUCUUUCUUUCUUUCUUUUACUCAUUCUUUCUUUCUUUCUCUUCAUUACUCUAUCAUUCUUUCUUUCUUUCUCUUCUUUAAUCUAUCAUUCUUUCUUUCUUUCUCUUCCUUACUCUAUCAUUCUUUCUUUUUUCUCUUCCUUUCUCUAUCAUUCUUUCUUUCUUUCUCUUCCUUUCUCUAUCAUUUUUUCUUUCUUUCUCUUCCUUUCUCUAUCAUUCUUUCUUUCUUUCUUUCUUUUUUUCUUUGGUAUAUUCCCCCCCCUUUUUUUACUUCAUUUGAGUGUCAUUGUUUUCUAUGUUACAUAUUCGUUCUUUGUUUCUCUUUGCUUCUCUCCUAACACGAUUUUCUUUAUUUUUCUUUCUUCUUUCAUUCUCUCUUCAUCAUCUCAUUUCUCUUUUAAAUGUUUUGUCUUUCUUCCUUUUCGACAUCUUAUUCUUCCUUUUUGA